ACAAGGGCCGCGAACGUUCGGCCUGUGGAACGUGGUGAAUCGCGGAGGGGCCGAACCGGGCUGCUGUGGCCUCGCGGGAGGGGCCAGGGAGAGCGCGGGAGGUGGGCUCGGCCCAGCCCCCUUUUCGUGGUGCGUGUAUUGGAGGUGACCCGGCCUCUUGUUGCUGCAGCUGCUCCCAGCCCCACGGAGCUCACUAGGUGCUCCCAGUUCCAGGGACUCUUCCCAGCUGGUAGGAGCAAGUGCCGGUCUCUGCGAAAAAAGGACGUCGCAACCAGUCUUUAAACCAUGAGUUCCCUCACGAUCCACUCCUUCCGGGAGAUGAUGAAAAGCCUGCUGAGCUCAUACAACUUUGAUCGGGUGUUGAGUAAGAUGACAGUUCUUUCUGCAACUCCUGGAAAGGUUGUUUGUGAAAUGAAAAUAGAGGAGGAGCACACAAACAGAGGUGGCACAUUGCAUGGAGGUUUGACCGCCACACUGGUAGACGUAGUGUCAACAGCAGCAUUGUUGUACACAGAAAGAGGAAUGCCUGGGGUCAGUGUGGAUAUGAACAUUACAUACAUGUCUGCUGCUAAGAUUGGGGAAGAGAUAUUGAUCACAGCUCAGAUUCUGAAGCAAGGAAGAAGUAUGGCCUUUGCCAGCGUGGAUGUAACAAACAAAGAGACAGGAAAGUUUGUAGCACAAGGAAGACAUACUAAAUACUUAGGACAGUAAUAUAAGAAAAUGAUAUCUAAAAAGGAAAGUUUGUGCUUAAGAAGCUAGCAUUGAUUUUUUUUUUUCUAUUUUAAGCUGUAUCAAGUUACCACAGUCUGAAGGCAGGUAAAUGAUCUAUGUAAAAU